GCUUCAGCAAUCCACCGUCAGUAAAAAGAAGGUGGCAGCGGCGGAGGAGCAGUGCGCAUGUACGGGCAGCUCUCUUCGGUGAGGGUUUGAGAGCCAGACGGUGGAGGCUGCGCUCGGAGAGGACAAGGGUCAGCAUGGACGAGGACGUACUGACCACCUUGAAGAUCCUCAUCAUCGGCGAGAGUGGCGUGGGCAAGUCUAGCCUGCUCUUGAGGUUCACAGAUGAUACUUUUGAUCCAGAACUUGCAGCAACAAUAGGUGUUGACUUUAAAGUGAAAACAAUUUCAGUGGAUGGAAAUAAGGCUAAACUUGCAAUAUGGGAUACUGCUGGUCAAGAGAGGUUCAGGACAUUAACUCCCAGUUAUUAUAGAGGUGCACAGGGUGUUAUAUUAGUUUAUGAUGUCACAAGAAGAGACACCUUUGUUAAACUGGAUAAUUGGUUAAAUGAAUUGGAAACAUACUGCACGAGAAAUGACAUAGUAAACAUGCUAGUUGGAAAUAAAAUUGAUAAGGAAAAUCGUGAAGUUGAUAGAAGUGAAGGCCUGAAAUUUGCACGAAAGCAUUCCAUGUUAUUUAUAGAGGCAAGUGCGAAAACCUGUGAUGGUGUACAGUGUGCCUUUGAGGAACUUGUUGAAAAGAUCAUUCAAACACCUGGACUAUGGGAAAGUGAGAACCAGAAUAAAGGAGUCAAACUGUCGCACAGGGAAGAAGGCCAUGGAGGAGGAGCCUGCGGAGGUUAUUGUUCUGUGUUAUAAACUCUGGGAAACGCCAUCUCUUGCAUAUUUGAUCAGAUAGUGACAUCUUUCUGUAUAUAAACUCUAACUGCUAUUUUAGGGACCUUGCAGUUUGCACAUAUUUGUUUUGUAUCAUGGCAGUAAAUAUUUACAAGAAAUCCCACUCAUUGGCUUUCCCAGGUAAAAUGUUAUGGUAAGCAUGCAAUCUGCAGUCUGUAGUUUUUUAUGUAACAUAAAACUGGUGUACCUUUAUAAGUACACUUGAUUUUAUGAUUUACAUUUAUCAUGUGAUUUUGAAAAAUCCACCUAUCAUAUGUUGAGAACAAGGUCUACUUUUGGUCUUCUUUUUGCUUAAAUACUCCUAUCAAUUACUGAAUUAAUUGGUAUGUAGAAUUCCUAGAACCACUGGGAGAUUACAGGUAUCAUCCAAUUUGGUGAAUUUCUUCAGGAAUAAAAAAGAGCAUGAUUCCACAGCUUUCCUAGGAUGUCUGUUGACAGAUUCUCUUUUAGUACUAAGCAAAAUUCUUUGUACAGGGUGCAAUCCAGGCCAAUUUAUAAUUAAAUCUCUGUUUUAAUGAUGCUUCUAAAAUAGCAUUGAUAUGUUAAAGAAGUUUGAUCUUUUUAAUUUAAUUCAAUGAGUAGCUCAGUUGCUUAACUGGAGUUUUAAUUCUGUGAUAUGUGUACAUUGGAUUCAUGACCCUUUGUGCAGCAUUUUUAGUUAUGUAAUGUUUGGCCGAGUGGCAGUAAGGUUUUUCCUUACUCUGGUUUCAGAAGGAUAUGAAUAGUGUGUCGAUGUAGGUCAUGUUAGUACUUAACACUUUUUAAACCAACACGUUUUGCUAUAAAUGUUGGUGGUGUUUGUCCAGGUACCUCCAUUGUAGCUUGUGUGAUAUUUAUGAUAGCUGAAUCUUAUUACUUCCAUAAAUCGCUUGUUGAUACUCAGAACCUAUGCCUGUGUUUUGAAGGUUGGGGAGAAAAACACUAAAUUUGCUUCCAGAUUUUGAUGUGUAUGGGAAAAUACUGUUACAAUGAAAAUCUUGGUAAUUUAUUGUAACAAGUAGUCAAUAUUUUAUCAAAACCAACUUGUACAGACUAAUAAAUCUUUGCCACAGUAUUCAGGUUUCUAACCUCUAGCUCUUGUACAUUGUAUAUAUAUUUUUAGUCAUAUGUUAAUUUAAUUCACAUUGACCUCUGCUAUUUAAGCCCCCAAAUAAGAAAUUUAUCUUUUCAGGCAAGUUGCUAUAAUACAGAAAUAAUACAAAUUCCUGGGCAGUUUGUUUCCUGUAUGCAGUUACAAUGAAUAAGCUUUUUUGUGGGUCAUCUUUACAAUACAUGUGAUAAUGGAUUUACUCUUUCUAAAAUGUUUCUCUUCGCAUAAGAAAACCUUACAUUCUACUUGGUUCACACUUGUAGACCUCAUUACGUGUGAUUAAGGGUUUUAUACAGUAUGUAUGUUUUUACCAAGUAUAAAAACACUUACUGCUUUAAUGUUGGAAGUAGUUAGCCAACACAUGUGCUUAAGAUUUGUUCAUGUUAUGUUAAAACUAUAGAUUUGUAUAUUCAUGUAGUGUCUGUAUUGACAACACGUUUCUGUUUGUUGCUUUUUGCUUCUUGGGCUAUCUAACCCUUCUGUACAUUGGAUUAUUGCCUUGAUUUGGUCAGAAUUUGGAUACAUAUGGAUCACUUAACUUUUAAAAACUAAUUUUGUUUGAUUUACAUUGUAAUCUUUUAUAGUUUUGAAUAAAUAUAGCCUGCUUUCCCUAGA